AUGUCUGCGAGCCCUUCGUCCACCGCUGGUGGCGACACCAAGCCAUCAGAUCAAAUUCACUUCAAAUUCUGCCGCGAAUGCUCCAACCUGCUCUACCCCAAGGAGGAUCGGGUCAACAACCAGUUGAUGUUUACGUGCCGCACCUGCCAUGUCGGCGAGCCUGCUUCCUCUCACUGUGUCUACCAAAACCACCUCCAUAGCCAAGUCGGUGAUACUGCUGGUGUCACUCAGGAUGUGACGUCUGAUCCUACGGUUUGUGCUCCUGGUUUUUGUACCCUAUGCGGUGAUUUGAUUACUUGUUCUAUUUGCGGUCCCAACCCGAACGAGGAUCUCUUUGGGGAUGCACCGCCUGUGGGUGAUAGCCUGGAGUCCUCUGAAGUCGAGCCCCGGGCGUCUACCCCAGCUCUGUAA